CCCAUUUCCAGUACCCCGCGCCACGCCGAGAUUGAGCUUCAGCCACCGAGAACUUCCCAAAGACAAUGUAGCAAGGGGCCUCGUCAGUCUUGACUUGCUAUUGCCAUCCUCGCGUUUUUCCCAUCGAUAUGGUGAAGAUAUCAAUCAUUCAUCCGCGAGACCUGCCUACGGUCUUCCCUGACAGAUGGAGCAUCACGAAUCCCCAGGCGAAUCAUCAAUCACGCCACGAUUCGGUCGCAAUGGACCUCGCUCCCGGCAUGGCUGCAUGACAUGUCGCACGCGCAAGGUCAAAUGCGACGAACGGCGACCCCUUUGCGCGAGAUGUGCCAAAAUAAAGAUCAAGUGCGAAUGGGAUCAACCCAAACGCAUUCGCCCGGCAUCCGUGCAGUUGACGACCAGAGACAGUUCGCUCAUCGAAGAAGAUGUCACCAACAUCAAUCAAGUCAUGGACGUGUCAGCGAGAGCAGGCGAACGAUCGACAACGGCAUCCAGCCUAUCACCCACUGUUGAUGGCAUAGCACAAUGGCUGGCUCAACUUGGCCGAAACAGUCCGGUAACGACACCACUUCGGCCAACAUUAUCUACGAGCCACCUGCCCUUGAGCAACUCCUUGGUUCUGGAUCAGCAAGCUUGGGAAUGCUUCAACUACAUGCCCAGCUCAGUACUAGUACGUAACUUCGGAAAGCCGUGGACGUGGAGUAUGCUCGCCUACAUCCAUUCGAAUAUUGCCACCUGGGAACCUGGAGUCAUGCGAGCCUUUAUUGCGGUGGCGUCAACAGAAAGGGUGUGUCUCCAGCCCGAAGACAACGAAACGCUUGCGAGAACCCGAAGGCUCCGACAAUUAGGCAUGACGCAGUACCGUCUCGCGCUCAAGGACCUUUCUUCGAUCAUUGAUAGAGCAGCCAGAGACGACCGAAGCCCUGCGGACCUGGAUGCCUUGUUUGCCACCUGGUUUUUGAUCUUGGCUUUUGAAAGUUCUCAUACAGAUCUAUACUCGGUGUCGCAUGUGCACCUCAAUGGGAUACGCUCCUUCUUGUCCAAAGCUUUCGGUAGCAAUGGCGCUACCGGGCUGGAGCCGCAACUGCCGCCCGCCUCACAGCAGCUCCUGCUGUUUCUAUUCUUUCAUGAUACCAAUCUCAUCCCGAGAAAUGCUCAUGCAGGGCAAUUAUCCCGUGAUAUGCAAUCCGCGCCAGCGGGCUCCUCAAUUUCGGCCGACCGCUUAUUUGAAGAUGCGAGAGUGUGCCUACCCAAGAUCUACGGGUCCACAUAUCCAGUCCAGGAGUUUAUGGACGACAUAGAGAACUACCGAGCCCUCAGCCUGCUUCAUAGAAGCUCAAAGAUCAAGCUCGACGUCCUGAGGUUCGGAAUGACUUCAGCGGAAACAUCGAUCGACCGGAGAAUGCUGAGACUACUGGGAGACCAGAUUCAAAGCGUGGGUCAGGAAUUCUGCGACCUGAUCGCCAUGGCACGGGUGAUCCAGAGUUCCGGCGGCCGACGGGUUAUUUUCAGUAUCUUUCACGCGGUCCUUGAGUAUCAUGCCGUCAAAGUACUUUAUUGCUGCCUCAUCGAGCCCUUUUCCCGUCGCCGACCGUACUUCUCAGACAUCCUCGCUGGCAGAAGACAUCUGGACGACACUGUUCGAGAAGAAGUGUUCACUGAUCCAGAUAGUGGUGGUUUGUCUGCUUCUACGGCUGGCCUGCUCGACGCUACUUUGGCUGACCUUCUGGACAUCGCACACAAGUCAUUGGCUGAGGAUCCGUCCCUCGUCUACAGGUACACCGGGCCACUGUCAGUGGCAUUACUCACGACCAAAGACGCCAUUCAUCGUGAAUGGAUCCGCAGCCAUCUUCUGCGCGCUCAGGCUCUUUUCCCUGACCCGGGAGGUCUGCCACCACGAUUACUCGAGGGAGGGCAGAAUCAUGAAUUGGCCAUGCCCAUGUCUGCAAGUAUAGAUUUCGCUAAGAACUGGUCAAAUGCUUUCGACAUAUCCGGCCCGAUUGCAUCAGCUUACUCGGUCGGCUGACAAAGACUAGCCUCAUUAAACAUGUAUCGAUCUUGGACCAAGCGGCCAUAUACGACGGAAAGUCAUCUACAUCCCUCUACUGAAAGGCUUCCCGAACCACACGGUACAUGGCAGCAAUCAAAUCCAGGGUCAGGCAGGAUCGAUCGACCAUGCACAAUUAGAGACAGUACAAGGGUCUGAGCACCCUUCAGACCUCGGCUGGCUUGACACGCCUAUCUUCGGUUUUGACUUGGCC